AUCACAUUAGAAAUGGUGCUAGUUAGAGCUAAACAUUCAGUUUCUACUUCUCACAAGGUUUUAUCUGAGGCUUUAGAAAAGGAGAGAAAAUCUACAUGUAGGACAGCACAAGCACAUAUUAACCUGUAAUUGGAGUGUGUGCUGUUAUAGCCUGGCAUAGAACAGGAAGCUGUCUAUGUAACACAGACGCUUUGAUUCACUUUUCAUUCAUUCUAUCUAACACCCAGCAAGAGAAGGAACUUUACUUACUGUCCAGAAGAAAAUGGCAAACACAUCUUGUCAAGCUAUCCAGUUUGACUUUACAAGGAGAUUCCUGCCUCCUGUAUUCAUCUUGGUCUUCAUCAUCGGUCUGCUGGCUAAUGGAUGGGGAUUAAAGUCUUUGCUGCAGAAAUGGAAGAAAUUGGGGAUCGUUAAUGUAUUUGUUCUCAACCUCGGACUUGCUGAUAUUUUGUACCUGCUCACGCUCCCCUUUUUGUUGGUGUACUACUAUAUGGAGAGCAAGUGGAUCUUUGGAGACACAUUCUGCAAGAUAACACGAUUCUGCUUCAACUUGAAUUUAUAUGGCAGCAUCGGGUUCCUAACGUGUAUAAGUGUGUACAGGUACCUGGCUAUUGUCCAUCCAAUGAGAGUGAUGGGAAGAAUAACUGUCACUCACUCUGUGGGGAUCUCAGCCGCGGUUUGGUUUUUAGUCUCCGUUCAAAGUCUCCCAGACAUGUUCUACAGCAAAACAGUUGGAAACAACACUGAGAAAUGCUUUGAUACGACCUCUAACAUCUAUGUGGAUGAUUACCUGAAAUACAGCCUUGGAUGGACAUUCACUGGGUUUUGUAUCCCAUUGCUCAUCACACUGGGCUGCUAUGGACAUGUGAUUGUCGUUCUCUGUCGCACAAAUGCAACUGACAAGGAACUGAAACAGAGAUGCUUGAAGUUGUUGUUCAUCGUGAUUCUUCUCUUCUCUGUUUGUUACAUCCCUUAUCAUGUACUGAAGAUCCUCAACCUCUGGUCAAGAGUUCUGCAAAAACAGAAGAUAUGCCGUGAGUGGUCUAAUGGAGUCUACGUUGCUCAUCAGAUAAGUCGUGGCCUUGUGUGUCUGAACAGUGCUCUCAACCCUCUGGUUUACCUUCAUGGUAUUGAAGAUAUUAAUGCUAAGCUCAGACAGUUGCUCCAACAAGCUCGUAAAGCUGUCACGCGUCUCACCCCUAGUCAAGUUCCACUGGUCGAAUUGUCUAAUAUGUGAAUGAAAUUUAAUUAUUGUAUUGCAUCAUCUUGUUCUGGGCCAAGUUUUUAUCUAUUUGAUGGUCAUUUUGCUAUUAACACGCUCAAAAAGGCACAAAUUUAAAAAAGGAAAUUCAUGUAUUAUUAUUAUUAUUAUUUGAAAAUGCCACUGUUCACUUUCAGAAAGGUUUGCUGAGAGAACAGGACCAUGUUGUGCGAUCUAGGGCUCAGUGCUAUGCAUUCUCACUUUGGACUGAAACAGGAAGUGCAUUGUGAAUGUGUGAAUAUAAAUAGUGUGAAAA